GUAGACAAGGUUAGUAGCCCGACUUCCACUUGACAUUCACAUCACAUCUCUUAAUCAAUCUCGCAAAGGCCGCGCCUCAAGUCAUUCAUCCCCCAUUACAUCCCCCAUCCCCCAUCCCCAUACUUUGCUGUCUUAAACUCAUCACUGCAUCCCAUCUAACCCACCACGAGCCACAGAGCCCCAUCUUUGCUUGUCCGCAAUCAACCACACGCUUACAACCUUAUCAUAUCUUUCUGCUCGCUCGAGCUUUUUUUUUUUAAUCCUUAUUAAUCUGAUACUCUCACUACCGACCACCGUUUCUCAUCCCCCCCUCUCCCGCACAUACACUCUGUCGCGUGCGCGCCCAUCAAUUAGCGCGCCAAUAUCAAGAGAAAGUGGCUGCGCUCACCCUUCUUAGCCAGAGCGACACCGAAUUGUCCCUUCAACAGCAUUUAGCUCUUGCGCCCGAUCUCCUGCAAUAUAAUCGACUGACUACCGAGGUCGAACCUGACGAGCCGUUGACGAUGGCGGCACAGCCUGUGCCUCAUCCGUCGACGGAUAAGAAACGGGUCAAGGUGUACGAACUGCGAAAUAAUGAUUGGUUUGAUCGAGGCACCGGAUUCUGUACUGCUGCCUUCAAUAUUUCUGAAGAUGGCCACCAACGAGACCCGCGCGUAUUCGUCGAAUCUGAAGACCAGCCGGAUCGUAUAUUGCUGGAGACAAGAAUCUGUAAGGAAGAUGGCUUUCAUAAGCAGCAAGAAACCUUGAUUGUAUGGACGGAGCCAGGAAAUGGAGUAGACAUGGCUCUUAGUUUUCAGGAAGCAGAAGGUUGCGCCAUGAUAUGGAAGUUCAUCAACAGCGUACAGCAACAGUAUCACUCUGUCAAUGCGCCAGACGACAGCCUAUCUGAUGAUCUUGCUAUGGAUAUGUCGAACCCUAUCUCGCUCCCCAUAGCCUCCAUGGCAAAUCUUGCCGAAAUCGAAUCGCAGAUGCGCGGCCUUAGUGGAACAGCUGGAGCUCGCGAUGCUCUAACAAAAUAUGUCCUCGCUGAGGACUACAUCGGCAAGCUUAUCCCUCUUGUUUCCGAUGCUGAGGAUCUCGAAAGUCUGAACGACCUACACCGAUUAUGCAAUAUUAUGAAGAUUAUCAUCCUUCUCAACGAUACUAGCAUCAUAGAACAUGCUGUGUCCGACGAAUGUGUGAUUGGGGUUGUCGGUGCGUUGGAGUACGAUCCGGAUUUCCCGAGCCACAAGGCCAAUCAUCGUCAGUGGUUAGAAGGCGAAGGCCGUUAUAAAGAAGUUGUGCGCAUAGAAGAUCCGCAUAUACUAAAGAAGAUUCACCAAACUUAUCGACUCCAAUAUCUCAAAGAUGUCGUACUAGCACGCAUCUUGGACGACAAUACGUUUUCGGUCCUUAACUCACUCAUCUUCUUCAACCAGGUGGAUAUUGUACAACAUCUACAAGCAAAUGCCGCUUUCUUGGCCGAGCUGUUCAACAUAUUCAAAAUACCCCAAAUCGAACCAAGGCGUAAGAAGGAAGCGGUACUAUUCAUACAACAGUGUUGCGCAAUCGCCAAAAAUCUCCAACCACCGGCUCGGCAGACGCUAUACAAUAAUUUCCUUGCCCAUGGCCUUCUUCAGGUCAUUAACUUUGGCCUACGACAUAGCGACACGGCGGUGCGAGUAGGAGCUACUGACAUAUUGGUUUCUAUGAUUGAUCAUGAUCCGCAGAUGAUCCGCUCGAUGAUAUACCGACAACUUCACGAAAAGCAGCCACCCUUGACGGAUUCACUAAUCGAUCUGCUGCUGAUUGAGGUCGAUCUGGGCGUCAAAUCGCAAAUAUCCGAUGCUUUGAAGGUAUUGCUUGACCAAGGUCCAUCGCCACAGCAGCAACAGCAGCAGCAACAGCAGCAGGAGGCAUUUGCGAAAGCGAAUGGUGAAUAUGCAGUUAGAGCUGCUCCAAGAAUGCCAGACCCGCAACAGGACAGUUUCCUCAAUGGCUUCUACGAGAACUCCGCUACCAAGUUAUUUCAACCUCUGAUCAACUUGGAGGGUCGCACCAAUAUGGACUUCUCGGUUCAGCAAGCUUCUAUGUUCACGUACCUGAUCGAGAUUCUCUGCUUCUUCAUUCGACAGCAUCAACAUCGUAGCAAGUUCUUUGUUCUCAAUAAUGAUAUUGUCUUGCGCAUCAGCCAACUCCUGAAUUGUAAGGAGAAGUUUUUGAAACUUGUUGCCAUUCGAUUCCUUCGCCAUCUAAUCGGUCUACAAGACGAGUUUUACGUCAAGCAUGUGUCCGAAAAGAGGGUCAUCGGACCGGUUCUUGAUGUUCUUAUUGAAACAAUGCCGAGAGACAACCUGCUCAGUUCUGCGUGCUUGGAAUUUUUUGAAUUCAUUCGAAAGGAAAACAUCAAAGACCUGGUGAAACACAUCGUCGAUAAUUAUCGAGAGAAGAUUCAGACGCUGGCCUACUUGGAUCUCUUCAGAACUCUGAUUAUUAGAUAUGACCAGACUGGAGGGUUCAGCGCCAAUAUGGAUUAUUUUGUCGAGGUGGAAGAAGAGCCGAGAAAGCGGCCAAACAUUAUCAACCCAAAGACAGGAGGAUUGAUGGAACAUCUGGCCAUGGACCAGGCCGAAGAAGAAUACUGGAAUACAUCUGACGAUGAAGAAGACCUGCAAGCAAAACCUGGCCAUCGACCCUCGUCCGCGAACGGAGAGUCCCCAAAUCCCAAGGCACUGGUUGAUUAUGCUUCUGAUGAAGAGGGGGAUGAGAAUUUGGAAGCUGGAGCGCUCUCGGCCGACGAAGAUGCACAAGAUAAUGGUCCUAGAAGAGCGGAUUCAAGCCCCGCAGCGCCACCAGAACGUUUGUCUGAGAAACGACGACGUGAGGAGGAUGAAGAGGAUGACCUCAGCAAAAUGGUUCAGCACAAGCGGCGAAACAGUACGUCAGCUAGUGCUAACACUUCAGCCGUUUCUGGAGUCCUCCGAAAGAAGUCUGUUUCUAGCUCUCGAGAUGGUGCAGCUGGACCUAGAAAGAUUGCUAUCAGCCUCUCUUCUAACUUGAAAGCUGGAAAUGGACAGAGCCAUAGCCGACCACAUGAUGAGGCAUGAAAAAAAGAUUGCAACUCACUAAUUCCCUUCUCGGUACCCUAGUUACGCGCUCACAUGAUUUGGUUUCGGUACAUCAAUGAUGAUAGGAAAAGAGGCCGGCGUUUGGCGAGGGAAACUUUUCGACUCUUGUCUGACCACAGAUACUAGGGGAAGCAAAUGAGGCGAAGGACUUAUCUACAAUAGGACUAAGGAGAGGGCAUUUUACAGCCGGGGGUUUUACUCCAGUGCUGAGAUCGAUAAUGCUUCGCGAGGUUGAUUAUUGCAGAGGGUGUGCAUUACAUUGCGACCUUUGUUUGAAAGGUGUG